AUGAUUACAAAGAGAUUGUAUUCAACUAUUGAGUCUUCCAAAAAAGUAUUAGGAACACUUUCGAACCCUAAUCUUGUGAAAACUGAAGCAUAUAUCAAUGGCAAAUGGGUCCCCAGUUCAUCCGGGGAAACCUUUACUGUGACCAACCCAGCAUUGUAUCCAAAUCCUGAAAGUGAAUUGGCAACCAUGCAAUCUAUGUCAGAAGAAGAUUUUAACUCUGCUAUAGAAUCAGCAGAUAUUGCGUUUAACAAAUUCAAAAAGACUACAGGUAGGUAUCGGUCUGAACUACUUUUAAAAUUAUACAAUUUGAUGAUUUCCAACAAAGACGAUUUGGCCAAAUUGGUGGUUUUAGAAAAUGGGAAACCUUAUGCUGAUGCCUUGGGUGAAGUCAAUUACGCAGCAUCAUUUUUCCAAUGGUUCUCUGAAGAAGCUCCCCGUAUUUAUGGUGAUAUUAUCCCCUCUGCUAAUGGGACUAAUAGAAUCUUGACCUUUAAACAACCAAUUGGAGUUUGUGGUAUUUUGACUCCUUGGAAUUUCCCAUUGGCGAUGAUUACACGUAAAUUAGGUGCAGCAAUUGCUACUGGUUGUACUGCAGUUAUCAAGCCAGCUUCAGAAACACCAUUGUCGGCUACUGCCUUGGCAUUUUUAGCUGAGGAGGCCGGAUUUCCACCAGGAGUUAUUAAUGUAUUACCAUCUGCUGAUGCUUCUGGUCUGGGUAAAUACUUAACUGAACAUCCUUUGAUUAAAAAAGUAUCAUUUACCGGAUCAACACCAGUAGGUAAGAUUUUGAUGAAUCAAUCAGCAUCAACAUUAAAGAAGCUUUCAUUUGAAUUGGGUGGUAAUGCUCCAUUUAUUGCCUUUGAUGAUGUUGAUGUUGACAAAGCUGUCAAUGGGGCAAUUGCUUCAAAAUUCAGAUCUAGUGGUCAAACAUGUGUUUGUGCUAAUAGAAUUUUUGUUCAUGAGAAAAUCUAUGAUGAAUUUGCUAAGAAAUUUGUUGAUAAAUUGAAAAAUGAAACUGUUUUGGGGAAUCCGCUUGCUUCUGGUGUAACUCAUGGGCCAGUUAUUCAUGACAGAUCAAUGAAAAAAGUCAGACAACACAUUGAAGAUGCAGUUGAUAAAGGUGCAACCAUUUUACUUGGAGGUUCCAAGCGUCCUGAUUUGGGUGAGAAUUUCCAUGAUUUGACUGUUUUGGGUGAUGUCACUACUGAAAUGUUGAUCACACAAGAGGAAACGUUUGGUCCCGUGGCACCAUUGAUUAAGUUUAAGACUGAUGAUGAAGUUAUAAAAAUGGCCAAUGACACUACUGUUGGACUUGCUGGUUAUUUCUAUGCAAAUGACGUGGCCAAAGUUUUUAAGAUUGCAGAAGCACUUAAUGUGGGUAUGUUGGGUGUGAAUACUGGAGCUAUAUCUGAAGCAGCAUUGCCGUUUGGUGGUGUUGGCGAGUCUGGUUUUGGUAGAGAAGGGUCCAAGUUCGGAGUCGAAGAUUAUUUGGUUAUUAAGAGUGCCGUACUAGGUGGAAUUGAAAAUUAG